AUGACGGAUGUUGACCAAGAUGGAACCAAGGAGUUCACCAAAAAGGGGUGUUCCGAUGACAAUUCUACUGCAGUAGUAAGAGGAAAGAGAAUCGGGUUUCAUAAUUGGUGGAAAGAAGGCCACCCAAAAAUUCGUAAUGGGUACAGAAGCGGUUGCUUCACGUUAUUUAUCGAAAAUUUACCAGAGAAUAUCUAUUGGAAAAGGUUUGGAUCUUUAUUUUGCACUCACGGUCGGGUUAUUGAUGCCUUCAUUCCAAACAAAAGAAAUUCGAAAGGGCUUCGCUUUGGUUUCAUUCGUUUUGCAACAAUCGAAGAAGCAAGGAAAGAGAUCUCAGAAAUGAAUGGAUCUAAUAUCGAUGGGAGAAAAAUUAGGGUAUCUUUGGCUAAAUUCAAACCUUGA